CUCUGUUUCUCUCUGCAUAGACGCUGCCAGACCUGCGGAGUUUCUCCGGAUCAGCCAUGACCCUCAUGGGAUAGCGUCGUCCUGUUCCUCCAAGAUCACCCCACGGAUUUGCUCUCGUCCCAAUCAGUUUGCUGUGUUCAGUCCGAGAUAUCUUUCUAUUGUUUUCGAUGUUAACAUUUUGUUUUCGAUCAGAAUGCACGUGCAUUUAAAAUCCCUGAAGUGUUCGGCAAUCCCAACCCCAGCGAUGGAGGGAUUUCAUCGCAAUGAACCCCGGUGGCUGUCUGGUUUGCAGAACGUCGUGUUAAAAUGCAAUCUGAAAGCAUUGUGUGCGAGAGUGAACAAGCUGAAAACUUGGUCAGCUCCUCUCACCUUUGGAUGGGGAUCGAAGCAAACCGGAAACCGAUUCGUUCUCUCUCUCUCACACACACACACACACACACAACCCAUUUUUAAAAAAACAAUAUUGAUAAAUCCGAUUGAAUAGUUUUAGUCAUUUGACCCAAUGAUGGAGGGAGCCAGAGUUUGGCGAGUGAUUUCACUUAUGUCAGGGGCACCACCCAACAUCCAGUUUUUUUCGUUUUAUACACAAACCUGGUAACAAUUACAACUCGGAUUAAAUGCCAGGACAGUUCACACUGAAGUCUUAACUGAUUCAAUCGAAUAACUCAUGAGCUGGUCCUGUUUCACCUCUUUGGGAUUUAUAAACCCAAAGACGAGAAUCGUUUUUCUCCUUUAUCGACGACCUGAGAAAUAUGAUAUUUUUGUUUGUUCUGGGACGUUUUACUACAUUACAGGCGCUAUGUAAUAAGAAGUUUGUUUUUGUUCUUGUCGAAAACUGCGAUGUUUCAGGCGGGCACGCUCCUUUCCUCUGAAUCUAAACCCGAUAACAAUCAUUCCGUUACAAAGCAGGUUGGAAACGAACAUGCAUUUCGGUUUUAAGCUUCACCUCUCCAUACUGAUCCUUCAAUAAUUGCAACAUCUUGCAUUGUAACAUUGAGUAAUGUCUGACCCCGCGUUCCUUCUCGGUGAUUUUAGUUGAAAUGAAGAGUGGAGUAAUUAAUACACAUUUGUGGUUAAACGCUUUUGAAACAGACUUGAACUUAGUAACAAGGUGAAUCCAAACUGGGAGAGAGUCUCGAAGUUUAGUACACGAUAAGCAAAUAUUGUCAAGACCCAAAACGUCCCGUCCACACACACCCCUCCACUGCCAUCCGCAAGUCAACACUGCUGCAAUUGUCAAUGUACGGCAUAAUUUACCAGCUCCCUCCCCCCCAAAAAAUCCCAUUGAUUAUUUCACCAAUUUAGUGCUGUCCAUUUCGGGUCAGUAUCACAGACACACGAUUCCCUGAGCGUGAAAGUUGACUUAAAAGGAACAACAAUUUAGAGAGAAAAGCAUAGCCAGACAAACCAGAAAUCAGAAAUUAAACGUGAGGACAAUGUCCGUGAUUUAUAUACACGCUUAGAUAGUUCAGGAAAGGUACUGUCACUUAAACAAGGAACAUGAACCUGUGUCCAAAGCAGUCAACACUCCAGCUAGCGCACCUGAGAGCGCAGGAAGUGGGCUAGGAGAGCGGCUGAGAGCAGCAGAAUGGCAGCCUGAGGGAGAGCAGGUAUGCUGAGACUGAGUGCGCGGUAACAGGACGAAGGUUAAUUGGCACUGACACAAGGCGAUUUCUUAUUUUCUUUCGCUCUCCUCCUGACAGCCAGAAAGCCUUUUGUUUGGCCCUUCAGCCAAUCCUGGAUUUUUACGACACCAUAGUUGUGGCCAAAGUUGUGAUAUAAAAAGGGGCGCCUCCGUUGAUCACUUAUCAUCCACCAGCGUGUCACUCACCCACUGUCCUCUCCUCUCCCGGUUACAGUCCGGAUUCCAGAACUACUCAUUUUCAACAGGGCAUAACAAACACGCGCACACACCCCCCCCCCACAAACAGAUCAUGCAUAAAUCACACGUUUUCUUUUGCCUGCUGGUGUCUCUUGGAUUGACUGUCAGUGAUGAGCCAGUUUUGGAGAAGGAUUUGGAAGCUAGGGAAAGGCUCUUAGACCAGGCGGAACCUCGGAGACAAGAAUGCUCAGCCUGCUUAUGGAGGGAGCACAGCAAAGCUCUGAGGUUAGAGUCCAUUAAAUCUCAGAUCCUGAGCAAGCUGCGCCUGAAACAGGCUCCCAACAUCAGUCGGGAUAUUGUCAAUCAGCUCCUGCCCAAAGCCCCCCCUUUGCAGCAACUGUUGGACCGAUAUGAUAUUCAAGGGGAUGACUGCCUUGCCAAAGAGCCUCUUCUGGAAGACGACGAGUAUCACGCCACGACAGAAACUGUCAUUACCAUGGCCACCGAACCUGAACCCUGUGUCCAAGUGGAUGGGAGCCCAAAAUGUUGCUUUUUUAAAUUUAGCCCCAAAAUAACAUUUACAAACUUGGUGCGAGCUCACCUCUGGGUUUACCUGCGUCCAGUCCUGCACACCUCCACUGUGUACCUGCAGAUCCUCAGGCUGAAACCUGUGACGGAGAAGGGCAGCAGGCACUCACGGAUCCGAUCCUUAAAAAUAGACUUGAACUCCCGCAACGGGCGCUGGCAAAGUAUCGACUUUAAGCAUGUGCUGCAGAACUGGUUCAAGCAACCUCAUGCCAACUGGGGCAUUGAGAUCAACGCCUUUGAUAUGAACGGCAAUGACCUGGCUAUCACAUCUCCAGGAAAUGGAGAGAAGGGACUGCAACCAUUUCUGGAAGUCAAAGUGGCAGAAACAAACAAACGUACCCGGCGAAAUCUGGGACUAGACUGUGAUGAGCACUCCACAGAGUCACGCUGCUGCCGUUACCCAUUAACAGUUGAUUUUGAGGCCUUCGGCUGGGACUGGAUUAUUGCUCCCAAACGAUACAAAGCCAACUACUGCUCUGGUCAAUGUGAAUACAUGUUCAUGCAGAAAUACCCACACACCCACUUGGUACACCAUGCCAAUGCCCGGGGCUCAGCAGGGCCCUGCUGUACACCUACCAAAAUGUCGCCCAUCAACAUGCUUUACUUUAACGACAAGCAACAAAUCAUCAACGGGCAAAUUCCGGGUAUGGUGGUCGAUCGAUGUGGCUGCUCUUAAAUAUAGGCAUCAACCAAACUUCCUUUCCCCCGCCAUCGGGAACUGGAAUGUUCAUUGUUCUUGAAUGUUAUGUCAAAACUACGCCAUGCACUGUGCAAUAGCAGAAAAAGAGAGAGGGGGAGAACUGUGCCUCAAGGUGAAGUCUCAUCAGGAAACCUUUUAAAAAACCAGUUAAUAACUAGGGCUAACUUUGAUUCCAGAUCACUGUUUUCCAUCCUCCCUCCCUACCACCCCAGUCCUGCCAAUGCUGCACCCCCAGUGACUGCUAAUGGCAAGAUCAGAGCAGAGAGUUACUAAAGCCAACACAAGUAAAAUAAAUCAUUCAAAAGUGAAGACAAAGCAUCUGGGUAAAUGAUAUCAACUGACCUGAGUU